AUUUUUUAAAGGAACUUCCUUGUCCUUCGUUAAUAGAUCUAGAAAUGUUGCGUCAAUGCUUAAAACAUUUACAGGCUAAUUUACCUGCUAAACAGACACUGGUACCUGCUUCAAAAUCAGUUACUAAGACAAGAGCCUUUCCUGUCCUUUACCGUGAGGCCUCCACCUACAACAAUAGUAGAUCCGUUGAAAUUCAGGAGGAACCUCGAACUUACAAUCGUCGUUAUGUCCAAGUGGACACACCAUUUGCUCUGGCAAACAAGUACACUUACGUUAUGCCUGACGAUGCUUAUGUUGCUUCGGACAGAGUCACAAAAAUUCUUGACAUUGGAACUGUAGACGAUGCUGCGGAUUACAUAAAAGCUUUACCCAUUGGUUUACAAUCACCAAUUGUUUGGAAUCAAUUGAUCGGAUACUGUGCGAAGCACGGUCGAGCCAAUUAUGCGGAACACUUUUUUUCACAGAUGAGAAAACGUGGAUUGGAACCUAACGAACGAACAUUCACUCACAUGUUAACAGCAUUUGGAAAAAGUACCUCACCACAGGCAGUAAAGAAUGCUGAGGCUUGGAUUAAGCGUAUUAAUGAUUUUGAUCUUAAACCGUCGACAAUCCAUAUGAAUAAUUUGAUGCGAGUAUAUGUUAAUGCAGAACAACCCGAAAAGGCAAUCGAGGCAUUAAAGCAAAUGUCUACUAGUGAACUUGUGCCAGACGCUGUAACGUAUUCUAUUGCACUUCAAGGCUGUGCUGAUUUGAAUCAACUGGAUCGCGCAGAGGAAGUGAGAUAUAUUUGGCAUGAAAUUAUCUAUCGUAUGGAAAGGAACCAAAGAUCUCCAUCAGGUACAUCUGCUUUAUCAAAAAAGGCUUCCGAGAUCAUUUGGAAAGAAGAUAAGCUUCGUAAAAAUGCGAAGGAUACAGAAUUAGAAAUUGACGAUUCUUUGGUGGUAUCCUUGUUAAGUGCUGUCACACGAACUGCCGCGAAUCAAAAGGACGUUCUGAUAGGUAUCGAAGCGUUAGAUAGGCUGUAUUCAUUGUGUCCUCCUAGCGCUGCUAAAAUGAUGGACAAAAACCACAUGCAGCGUAAACCCGGUUUCGGCUUCCAACCUUCGGUGAAAGUCUUAGAUGCCAUUUUGAGAUUCUCAGGUGGACUUCGAGAGUAUCAGUUAGGACAAGAAUACUUUCAUUUGGCGCUCCAACAAUUUCCUAGAUUGGAACCUGAUAAAUUCGUUUAUGAUGCUCAUGCUUGGAUCGAAAAGCAAUUAAAGAGAAGAGCCAACUUUGAAAAGAAACGUCAAUAUCAAUCAAAUAGAGAGAGACAGUAAACAUUGUAAAUAAAUCAUUUCACUUCUAAUAUUAUGUGAUUAAACACUUUCUCCGCCUGACCUAAAUGUCACCUGUUCGGUUGCAAUAAUACUCAGCCAUACCCAUACUUAUGUAGCAUUUAACUACACGGAAAGUUUUAGCCUUAAUAAUAAUAUUAACCAAACAAUAAUCCUUUGCAUUUAAUAGCA